AGAGAAGAACGUCCAUCAGCUAUGGUCAAAAUUACGCCAGAAUUGCUGGCAAAUACGCCCAUCAGAAUAAGCCCAAUCGAACCAUCCCAUGAACUCAUCCUUUCUGGUCUCAAAAUCCCAUCAAUAGAGAACUUAGGUGUUACAAAGGACCAGCUUAGUACUAUCAUACUAUCACACAAUCUCAUACACUCUAUACCGCUCCUUCCACGCCUCGUCAAUCUCAACUCUUUAGUGUUGUCACAUAAUUUGCUGACGAAUAUACACCCAUCGAUAGUAAAAUCAGCUCCUAGACUCACGACUCUAAUCUUGGAUCACAACAGACUCGAACUCGGCGAAUUGAACUCGCUUGCUGGUCACCCCAGCCUCACUUAUUUGGAUAUACGGUACAACCCUGCUGCAGAGACGCCGCGGUACAGGCAUUGGUUGAUACAUACCCUCCCUAAGCUCAGAGUCCUCGAUUAUGAUAGGGUUACCGACAAAGAGCGCAAAGAAGCACGUGAAAUAUUUGAGACGCAGGACGGCAGACCGACAGCAGUUGCGCAGGAAAUUAAAGCAUUGAAGAAGGAAGAUGUCAGUGAAACAUCCAAUACUUUCGUGCCGGGAGAGGAUACUAGCAAAGGCCGUUUGCUCAGUGCCCAGGAUAGAGAGAACAUACGCAAAGCAAUUCUCGAAGCCAACUCACCAGACGAAGUCGCACGUCUGGAGCGCAUGCUCAGGGAUGGUUUCAUUCCAGGUCAAGAAUAAUACGUGUAACUCUACAAAAACUUUAUUUAUACAUUCCAG